AUGGAGAUGCGUUUCCGAAAUGGCGAUAUACAAAGUGCUCGACCUCCCAGCUGGUGGAAGGAUGUUGUCGUUUACCAAAUUUGGCCUGCCUCAUUCAAAGAUUCGAAUGGGGACGGACUGGGAGAUCUGCGUGGUAUCAUUUCAAAGUUGGAUUACCUGAAGGACCUUGGCGUUGAUGUUAUCUGGCUAUCGCCCAUGUAUGAUUCACCACAAGAUGACAUGGGCUACGAUAUUUCCGACUACAACAAGAUCUAUCCACCUUAUGGAACAAUGGAUGAUAUGGAUGAACUGAUCGCCGGCGUUCACAACCGUGGAAUGAGAAUCGUCCUGGAUCUGGUGGUGAAUCAUACGAGCAGUGAGCAUUGGUGGUUCCAGGAAAGCAAGAAGAGUAGAAAGGGCAAGUACGCAGACUUUUACAUGUGGAGGGAUGCAAAGAUCGGUAAGGACGGCACGAGAGAGCCUCCAAACAACUGGGGCAGCGUUUUUGGUGGGAGUGCCUGGGAGUGGGGUGAAGAAAGAGAGCAAUAUUAUUUGCACAUUUUCGCCACACGACAGCCUGACUUGAAUUGGGAAUCUGCUGAAGUACGCAAGGAAAUCCACGAGAGUGCGUUAAGGUUCUGGUUCAAGAAGGGAGUCGACGGCUUCCGGGUUGACACCUGCAACAUCUACAGCAAAGAUCCGGAGUUGAAGGACGGCGAGGUAACGCCACGUUCGGCACCCUUCGGCGACCCUCAAGAAGGCAUGGUUAACGGGCCAAUGAUCCAUCCAAUCUGGCAAGAAAUCAGACAAAAGGUGUUGAACGAUUUCGGCGAUCCACUUAUGGUGGGAGAGUUGUCGCUAUGCACCUUUGAAGAGACGAUGAAGUACAUUGGACGGGAGCCGCGUGAACUAUCCAUGGUUUUCGACUUUACCUAUACCAUGCUUGGCGGUAUACAUGAAAAGCCUCCUCAUGAAGUUGGUUCCUAUCCGCUACCGGAGGCUAAAAAAGCAAUGAAGAAACCUCAGGAGUACGUCGUCCAGCCAUUGGCUUGGGCGUCUGUCUUUAAGGAGAAUCACGAUCUACCGCGGAGUAUUUCAAGGCACGGGACCAACAAUCCCAAGUUUUGGGAGAUGGCCGCGAAGUUGCUGGCAAUGAUGACUUCGACAUUGUCAGGGACGUUGUUUCUCUACCAAGGAGAGGAGAUUGGCAUGACAAACAUACCAGAGACGUGGAGCAUCGAUGAUUGCAAGGAUCUCUCGUCAAUCAAUUACUGGAAUAAGAUGGAAAAAGAGUAUCCCAACGACAAAGAGAUGAUGCAAAAGGUUUGGAAGGGGAUUGUCGAAUGUAGCCGGGAUAACGCCAGGACUCCAGUUCAGUGGUCUGGUGAAGAAAAUGCUGGGUUCACCACCGGGAAGCCUUGGAUGAGGGUUAACGAAAACUACCAGACGGGUCUCAACGUGGCUGAUCAGCAGAAAAGUCAGGACAGCGUUUGGUCAUUCUGGAAAGAGUUGCUCCGACUUCGGAAGCAACACAAGGAGAUUUUUAUGGAAGGAAGUUAUCAUGUUCACGACUUGGAAAAUAAGCAAACGUGGACCUUUGAGAAGCGAGGAAAGGAGGGGCGGAAAGCCUGGAUUGUCUUAAACUUCUCGGAGAAUGAGUCACCAGUCGAAACCAGAGGCAAGCUAGCCUUAUCGAAUGCGAGCAAUCCAGGGGAUCGUUUGCAGCCUUUCGAGGGCAGAAUUUAUUUCCAGGAGUAA